GAAUCUCAGAAGGUACCUGCCCACGCGCACCCAGUUCAUCAGUUCCCGAGGACUCAUCACGCUUUUACCGGCAGCAUGGACAUGGACCAAGGACCGUCACCACAGACCUACAUCUACGGAUGUGAGCUCACAGCUGGGAAGGAGGUGAGGUUUGCCCCAGAUGAGGACGACGUGGAACACCAGCUGUCCAUCCGAAUGGUAUGCGUGGACCCGGGUACCAAGGACGACCUUCACCUGGUGGAGGUCGAAGGGGUCGGCUCCGAGGGCAACAAGGUCACAGCCGUGCUGGCCGCCCUCAGGCCCUCUACCGUGCCAAGCGUGUGCGUGGGUGGGUUUGAGAUCACGCCACCGGUCACGUUCAGGCUGAAGGCAGGCACGGGGCCAGUUCACAUCAGCGGACAGCACUUAGUCAUGAUGCCGCCUUUUGAUGAGGAUGACCUAGAUGACGAAGAUCUGGAGGAAGAGGAGGAGGGCGUCUCACUGAAGAGGAUGCGACCUGGACUCAUGAAGGCUUCGAAAAAGAUGAAGAUGGAUGAGGAUGAUGACGAGGACGAUGACGAUGACGACGAUGAGGAUGAUGAUGAUGACGACGACGAUGAUGAAGACGAGGAGGAAAUGGAAGAGUCACCUUAUAAGCCAAAGAAGGCACCGUCCAAGCCACAGACCCCUGCACAGAACGGCAAGCACAAGCCCGGCCCUGCCUCUAGUAAACAGCAGAAGACCCCAGGCAGCGGGGAGCAGAAGAAAGGCGGCCAGACGCCCAACAAGAAAACGCCCCAGCCACCCAAGACGCCGCUCACCACGGCCGAAAUCAAGGCCAAGAUGAUGACGUUCGUUGAGAAGGGGGUCUCGCUUCCAAAGCUCCAGCCCAAGUUUGAGAACUACAUGAAGAACACCUUCAAAGUGACCGACAGCAAGACCAUGGAGGAUCUGUGGAAGUGGAGACAGACAGUGGAGGGCAAAUGAUCCCAUCUGCCACAACCUCUUGCCCCCCUCCCUAUUGUUUAUAAACCAACCUACAGUACAGCUAAAAUGAUCCCAUCUGCCACAACCUCUUGCCCCCCAACCCCCCCUCCAUCUUGUGUAUAAACA